AUGUCGUCAAUUCAGCGGCCAUUGAAUGAAUCAUGGGAUUGCAUGCUCCCUGGCCCACCUUCCCGCAACAAUGGCGGUGCCGUCGACCUCUCAGCCACCGGCCUCCUCGCCUACGCCGCCGGGAGCUCUGUCUCCGUUGUCGAGACCCAGUCCAUGCAGUUAGUCUCCACAAUUCCUCUCCCUCCUCCUCCGACCGUCGCCGCCGGCACCCCUUCUCUCUCCCCUUUCGUCACCUCCGUCCGGUGGUCUCCGCAGCCUCUCAUCCACCAUCUUCUCACCAAUGACUCCCCCAAUCACCUUCUCCUCGCUGUCGGUGAUCGCCAAGGCCGCAUUUCCCUCCUCGAUUUCCGAACCAAGUCGUCCAUUCUUGUCUUCGAAACGGACAAUAGUAACACCAAGCUUGGCAUCCAGGACAUUUGUUGGAUUCAGACCCGAAUUGACUCGUGGGUCCUUGCUGCUCUUGCCGGACCUUCUUUGCUUUGCCUCUACAACACGGAAAACGGUCGUUGUUUCUUCAAGUACGACGCUUCGCCGGAAUUCUUCUCGUGCCUCCGGAGAGACCCUUUUGACAAUAGACACUUUUGCGCUUUGGGUCUUAAGGGGUUUCUGCUCUCCAUUAAAGUGCUGGGAGAUGAUGAGAACGAUGUCGUUUUGAAGGAGUUCCAAAUUCGGACGGAUUCCUCCGAAUUGCAGAGACUAGAGAGAGAUUCCAAUAACUCUUCCAGUGGAGGAGGAAAUGGAGCUCCGGCGUCGGCAGUAUUUCCUACUUAUGCUGUUAGGCUUGCAUUUUCACCGAUCUGGAAGCACAUUAUAUUUGUAGUGUUCCCCAGGGAAUUGGUGGUUUUCGAUUUGCAGUAUGAGACUGAGUUGUCCAUGGCUUCAUUGCCCAGGGGAUGUGGGAAAUUUCUGGAUGUGUUGCCAGACCCAAAUUUGGAAGUCUUUUACUGUGCUCAUAUGGAUGGGAAGCUUAGUUCGUGGAGGAGGAAAGAAGGAGAACAGGUUCACAUGAUGUGUAUGAUGGAAGAAUUAAUGCCCUCGGUUGGGACGUCUGUGCCUUCUCCAUCAGUUCUUGCAGUUGUAAUCUCCCAAACAGAUUCUACGCUCCAAAACAUUAGCAAGCUUUGCUCUGAUGUACCAGAUUCAUUUGCUGUAGAUUUUAACAAUCCUUUUGAUUUUUUUGAUGAAUCUCUCGUUAUUUCAAAGACCCACAUCGUAUCCAUUUCUGAUGAUGGAAAAAUAUGGAAAUGGCUACUUACUGCUGAAGGGUCUGGCAAUGAAGCAAAUCCAGAUGCCAACAAAGAUCCAAGUAAAAUGCCAAUUGCUGAUGCAAGUGCAGCCACAGAAGUUCCCGCUCCUGGUAAUGCGUCAUUGGAUGUGGUUAUACCGUCGAGGGAUGGUAAUAGUUCUAGGAGUGCUCCGUCAAUUAGCAAGGAGGAAGUAUCACUCAAGAUUAGCCUAGUUGGACAGCUUCAUCUCCUCUCUUCAUCAGUGACCAUGCUUGCCGUACCGUCCCCUUCUUUGACAGCUACUUUAGCACGUGGUGGAAAUUUUCCUGCUGUUGCUGUUCCACUUGUUGCUUUGGGAACCCAAAGCGGUACAAUUGAGAUCAUUGAUGUUUCUGCGAAUGCCGUUGCUGCUAGUUUUUCUGUUCAUAAUAGUGUUGUCCGGGGAUUGCGAUGGCUAGGAAAUUCUAGAGUGGUGUCUUUUUCCUAUAGUCAGGGAACUGAAAAGAAUGGAGGCUACAUUAACAAGCUUGUAGUAACAUGUAUCCGUAGUGGACUUAAUCGAGCAUUUCGAGUGAUGCAAAAACCAGAGCGUGCCCCUAUACGAGCUUUGAGGGCAUCAUCUUCUGGAAGGUACCUUUUAAUCUUGUUUCGUGAUGCACCUGUAGAGGUUUGGGCAAUGACGAAGACCCCAAUUAUGCUCAGAUCAUUGGCUCUUCCAUUCACUGUAGUUGAAUGGACUCUUCCAACUGUACCUCGCCCAGCUCAAACUGGACCUUCUAAAACCUCAAUAUUGUCAAAAGAUCUAUCAUCCAUACUGCCGUCUGGGACAUCCUCCCCUACUAAGGCUUCCUCCCCUAUGAAGGCAUCCUCUGCAGAUACCAAGGAAGCAAGUACAGAUGGUGCUCAAGAGGAAUUUUCAGAAAGUUUUGCAUUUGCUCUGGUAAAUGGCGCACUUGGUGUUUUUGAGGUUCAUGGAAGGAGGAUCCGAGACUUCAGACCCAAAUGGCCUACUUCAACAUUUGUGUCCGGUGAUGGAUUAAUCACGGCCAUGGCUUAUCGCUUGCCCCAUGUUGUUAUGGGGGACCGGUCAGGAAAUAUACGUUGGUGGGAUGUGACUACUGGCCAGUCAUCAUCAUUUAACACUCAUAGGGAGGGAAUCCGUAGGAUCAAGUUUUCGCCGGUGGUCCUUGGAGAUCGAAGUCGUGGGCGUAUUGCUGUUCUUUUUUAUGACAACACCUUUUCUGUGUUUGAUCUUGAUUCACCUGAUCCAUUAGCCAAUUCCCUCUUGCAGCCUCAGUUUCCUGGAACAUUGGUACUGGAAUUAGAUUGGUUGCCUGUACGUGUUGAUAAGAAUGAUCCACUAGUAUUGUGCAUUGCUGGAGCUGACAGCAGCUUUCGCCUUAUUGAGGUCAAAUUAAGUGAUAGAAGAUUGGGCUACGAAUCCCUUGAUCGAAGUAUUAAAGAAAGAUUCCGUCCUGUCCCUUUAUGCUCUCCUGUAUUGCUGCCUACACCACAUGCCCUCGCAUUGCGUAUGAUCCUGCAAUUAGGGGUGAAACCCUCUUGGUUUAAUACAUUCUAUACAGUUAUGGACAAUGCACCUCAUCAUGUUCCUACAACUCCGACAAGUACAGAUCUUCGCAGUCAUAUGAUCGAUUCACCUCGUGUAGGUGACUCUGUAGUUCCAGAGAUGCUUCUAAAGGUAUUGGAGCCUUAUCGUAAAGAAGGCUGCAUUCUUGAUGAUGAGAGGGUGAGAUUAUAUGCGGGGGCAGUAAAUAAAGGGUCUGCACUCAGGUUUGCAUUUGCAGCUGCAAUAUUUGGUGAUUUUAUGGAAGCACUCUUCUGGCUGCAGCUUCCUAAAGCUCUGAAGCACUUAAUGAAUAAGUUGGUCUACAAAUCUCCCCAGAAAGCCCCACAACAAUCUUCUACCUCAGAGCUGGAUGAGGCAUCUAUGCUGAAUAGGAUAUCUUCAAGGGGAAAAGCAAUAUCUGGAGAAGGGAAAAGUUUGAUGACAAAUGGCCAACUUAGAUUGAUGGCUUUUGAGCAAGAAGAGUUGUGGGGUUCAGCUAGUGAACGCAUCCCUUGGCAUGAAAAGUUGGAGGGUGAAGAUGCUGUUCAGAAUCAAGUGCACGAACUAGUCUCAGUUGGGAACUUAGAAGCUGCUGUUAGUUUGCUGCUUUUAACUUCACCAGAAAGCCCUUAUUUCUAUCCAAAUGCUCUGCGUGCUGUUGCUCUUUCAUCUGCAGUGUCAAGAUCUUUGCUUGAGCUGGCUUUAAAGGUUGUUGCAGCAAAUAUGGUUAGAACUGACCGAUCACUGUCCGGAACACAUUUGCUAUGUGCUGUAGGAAGGUAUCAAGAAGCUUGUUCUCAGCUACAAGAUGCUGGUUGCUGGACAGAUGCUGCCACAUUAGCUGCAACGCAUCUGAAGGGGUCUGAUUAUGCCAGGGUUUUGCAGAGGUGGGCUGAACAUGUACUGCGUGCUGAACACAAUAUCUGGAGGGCUCUGAUAUUAUUUGUUGCGGCUGGCUCGUUACAAGAUGCAUUGGCUGCACUUCGUGAAGCACAGCAACCAGACACUGCUGCUAUGUUCAUCCUUGCCUGCCGCGAAAUCCAUGCUGAUUUCAUCUCAACUAUGGAUUCAGAUGAAGAAUCUAGUUCCCUUGUUAAGGAUAAACUGCCUUACUUACCAGGAUUAAAUCCCGAGAAUGAAGAUGUUGUUGCUGUUGGUGAAUACUAUGGGAAGCUGCAUUGGACUAACAAAAUCCAUCUUGCAGGCGACGAAAUUGUUUGUUUGGAUUUGAAUGAUGAGUCUUGUGGAGUAGUGGAACAGCCAGAUUACUAUGAGGGCGGCCAUACGACUCCAUCUUCAAAGGAACAUUAG